AAAAAAGAAAGGAAAAGUAGAUAAUAGAAAGGAGGCGAACGGAAGAGGCUCUGGAAACACCUUCCCUCAUCUCUAUCUCUGUCUCUCUCUCUCUCUCGUGGUAGGGCUUCUGAAUCUCUGAAAAUAUUAUAUAAUCCAUGAUGAUGAUGAUGAUGACGAUGAUGCGAGCUUUGGCCUGAAAUUUCACUUGCAGGCCACAGUCUACAAGAGGAAGGAACGCAUCUGAGCUAGUUUGGGUUCAAUUCAGACCAAUUAGAAAAAGUGCCAUCUAUGAUCCUUUUAAGGAAAAUCCGAAAAAGAAUGCAAAGAAAUUACUUGAUGCUAGUUUAUGAACUUGGUUUCGGCAUUUACAUUGAGUUCAAAUGGCAUUCGGCUUGAAUUUUUCCAUUUCGUGAUAUUCUAAUGAAAAAUCUUCUGUUGGAGACCUUUUCUUCCCUUUCUUUUGAAGAUUUUUUUUUUUAAUUUUUGUUGGGGGUCCCUUCUUUUGGAGAUUUUAAUGAAGUUUAUAAUGCACAAGAUUGGAGCAGAGUCGUGAUUGUAAUCAAUUUUAAUGCCACUGCUUAUUGAGGGAAAAGGCCAGACAGAGAUAAGAACAUGAACUAACUUCUGUUGGUAUAUUUAUAUUUUCUGUUUGAUUGGUUUUAGCAGAGUCCAGUCUCAGUGACUGAAUGGGUGAGCAGGUUAAUAAGUUUACAGCCCAACUGUGACACUUGAAGAGUGUUGCCAGAAUCUGUAUGCUUGGGGAUAGAAGAAGAUGGAGAAAGUUUGUGAGUUCUGCAAGGCACUAAGACCAGUUAUAUACUGCAAGUCAGAUGUAGCGCAACUUUGCCUUUCCUGUGAUGCCAAGGUUCAUUCAGCUAAUGCCCUUUCACAGCGGCAUCCUCGGACUCUGGUGUGCCAAGCCUGCAGACACCACCCAGCUUAUGUUCGAUGCUUCGAGCACGGGAUGUUCGUGUGUCGUGGCUGCGAUGGGAGCCUGCACAAGGACUCCUCCCAGCACCAGAAACGAGUCAUCAGAAGUUACAUGGGGUGCCCUUCUGCUCAGGAUUUUGCAGUGUUGUGGGGUUUUGAGUUGAGUGAAUUGGAUAGCACUCCUGCUGCUGCUGCUGCUACUAUUCGUGAUCGAUUCGCCUCGACUUCAUCGGUGUCUAGCCAACAUACUAAGGCAUUUCAUGGAAAGCAGCAAAAGACCUGCAUCAUCCGCCAGCAGAUUAUUGACUUGGAGAGGCUUCAACUAUCUGAAGGAGACAAGAAUUCAUCUAAUUUUAUACGUGGAAGACAACAAGAAGCUACUGUUGCUGGUGCUGAUCAGUCAUUGCAGCAUUCCCUUUCACUUGAUCUUGGAGGAACUGCUCCUCAUCGGGACAUGAACGUAGAACCUUUUUCGUCACCAUUUCAUCCAUUGGAGCGCUUAGCUCCAACUUUUGCAAAUUCUUUGCAGGGAGACCUGCUUUGGCAAUGCAAAAGUCCAUCUCAGAGUUCGGAGCUUUGGUCCCAAAACAUGCAAGAUCUUGGAAUCUGUGAAGAACUAGGUUGCUUUGAUGAUUUUAACAUGCCUGAUGUUGAUCUCACAUUCCGGAACUUUGAAGAAGUCUUCGGAUCUGAUAAGGAUUUAAUCAGACCACCAUAUUUUGAUGAUGAAGAUGUUACAUGUUCAUCUGUGGACAAGGACAAAAACCUUGAUGGAUUAGAUCAUAGCCAUGCAGAAUCAAUUGAGGAUGUCUGGGUUGCUUCUUCUGUGAAUAAUGACACUCAAGCAACUACUGAUAAAGACAAUGAUAUUGGUCCUUCCAGCCAAGCUAGUAACUGUUUUAGUAGUAUCAAGGAUUGUUCUUGUCCAAUUCGACCAUCACUGCUCUCUCUUUCAAGGUUUAGCACUGAUGAAAGCAGUAGUGCUACUGAUUACAUGGAUACUCGUUACUUUUCACCUGUCAAUGUUGCCACACAGGAGGAACCUCGUUCUAUAUCACCCAAAAGACCCGAAAUGGAAGCCAAAAGAAAUGCUAAGAUGAGAUGCAAAGACAAGAAGAAGACGCGACGGGGCGAGAAGCAAACUCAAUAUGAAUCUCAGAAAGCGAGAGAUGUUGCGUGGAAUCAUGUAAAUGGUGAGUUUGUGAAAGCGCAAGGCCAUAAAAGAUCUGAUGAAAUUACUACAACACGAAGCUAUUGAAGAGAUACUGUGAUGUGCUGUGCUUUUCUUGUUGUAUAGAGAUGAUGAUGACUACAAUCACUUCUUGUUUAUAACUACUUAAUUUUGUGGCCAAUCCAAUCCUUCCCAGAUUUGGCCUGUACAGACAAUGAUGCUUCAGUUCUUACAGAAAAUUUAAUCAUUUUGAUUUGCAUUUGUAAGUCAUC